AUGUCCACGCGCGCGAUCGUCAAGUCCGUGCUGUCCGGCGACACGGUGGUCGUGCGUCCCAAGGAGGUUCCCGCCAAGGGUCAGCCUGCCAAGGAGCGUGUUCUCCACGUUGCUGGUAUCACGGCCCCUCGCGUCGGCUCAUCGGUUCGCGAGGACGAGCCACAUGCGUUUGCUGCUCGCGAGUACCUCCGUACUCUGCUAGUGGGCAAGGAGGUCGGCUUCACCGUCACCCACACUAUCCCCAGCGGUGGCGAGUUUGCCAACGUUGUCUCGGCUCCCCCUGCCGCCGGACAGCCUCCCCAGGAUGUCGCUACUCUGAUUGUCGCCAACGGCUGGGCCAAGGCCCGCGACAACGCCCCGGAGCCCCUCAAGGACGCUUCGGCCAAGGCUGAGUCUGAGGGUCGCGGCGUCUGGUCGCCCGAGCCGGAGACUCAGCAACGCACCGUUUCGUUCCAGAUGCCUUCUGACCCCCACGCGUUCAUUGCCGAGCACAAGGGCCAGGAGCUUGAUGCCAUUGUCGAGCAGGUCCGCGAUGGCACCCAGCUUCGUGUCCGUCUUCUCCUCGACGACUCCAACCACCAGUUCAUCACCCUUGUCGUUGCCGGUGCCAAGAGCCCCCGUGCUUCGACCAUGCGCGACGGUGUCGCCCAGGGUGCUGAGGCUUGGGGUGAGGAGGCCAAGUUCUUCACCGAGGUUCGUCUCCUCCAGCGCCAGAUCAAGGUCCGCCUCCUCUCGGCCCCUGUCUCGCUCGGUGCAUCGCCACUCUCGGGCCCCAACCCCGACGGCUCGCUUCCUGCCCCCUCGGCCGGCGCCAGCUUCAUCAUCGGCCAGGCCAUCCACCCCAACGGUCACAUUUCCGAGUUCCUCACGGCAGCUGGUCUUGCCAAGGUCAUUGACUGGCACGCCGGUAUCCUCGCUCCUUACGGCGGCCUUGACCGCCUCCGUGCGGCUGAGAAGACUGCCAAGGCCAAGCGCAUCGCACUCUGGGAGGGCUUUGGCGAGACUGGCAAGGCCACCAACGGUGCCGGCGCUCACCCCGGUGCCAUUGCUGCGACCACCACCAAGGGCCAGACCUUUGACGCCACUGUCGUUCGCGUUUGGGGUCCCGACCAGCUGAGCAUUGUCGCCAAGGGUGACGACAAGGAGCGCCGUGUCCAGCUUGCCUCUGUCCGUGGCCCUCGUGGCUCGGACGCCAAGAACACGUACUGGGCUGCCGAGGCCAAGGAGUUCCUUCGUAAGCGUCUGGUUGGCAAGGUUGUGCACGUCCUGGUCGACUAUGUCAAGCCCAAGGACGGCGAGUACGAGGAGCGCGAGUGUGUGACCAUUACCUACGGUGGCCAGAGCCAGAACGUUGCCGAGCAGCUCAUCGAGAAGGGUCUUGCCAGCACUCUCCGCCACCGCCGUGACGACGAGGAGCGUUCGGCCGAGUUUGACAAGCUCAUUGUCGCCGAGCAGGCCGCCACUACUGAGACCCGCGGCAUCCACUCGACCAAGGAGGUUGUCCCCACCCGUAUUGUCGACGCUUCCGAGAGCGCCAGCCGCGCCGCCCAGUACCUUCCCUCGUGGAAGCGUGCCGGCAAGCACGCCGCUGUUGUCGACUUUGUCUCCAGCGGCCACCGCUUCAAGGUCGUCAUGCCCAAGGAGAACGCCAAGAUCACCUUCGUCCUCGCCGGUAUCAAGGCUCCCCGCACCGCCCGCAGUGCCAGCGAAAAGCCCGAGCCAUUUGGCCCCGAAGCUCACCGCUUCGCUUCGCGCUUCAUGCAGCGCGACGUCGAGGUCAGCUUUGACAGCACCGACAAGCAGGGUGGCUUCAUUGGUGCCAUGUUUGUUGGUGGCCAGAACGUCGCUGUCGAGCUUGUUCGCAACGGUCUUGCUACCGUUCACGAGUACUCGGCUCAGGCCCUUCCUUACGGCAACGAGCUGCUCGCUGCUGAGGAGCAGGCCAAGAAGGAGAAGAAGAAUCUCUGGGCCGAAUACACUGGCGAGACUGUCGUUGCCGAGUCCACCGACAAUGGUGCUUCCGCCCUUGCUCCCCAGUACCUGGACAUUUACGUCACCGCCGUGCGUGAGCAGGAGCCCUUCCAGUUCUCCAUCCAGAUCUUGGACGACAAGUCGGUCGCCUCGCUUGAGAAGCUCAUGAGCGACUUUUCGCUGUACCACCGCAGCCCGGCCAACGCCACCACCGGCUUUAUCCCUCGUGUCGGCGACCUUGUGUCUGCCAAGUUUAGCCAGGACAACCGCUGGUACCGUGCCAAGGUGAAGAAGGCUUCCGGUGUCAAGAGGGAGGCCCACGUCUCCCUCAUCGACUACGGAGACGAGGACACUGUCCCCUUCUCGAGCAUUCGCCCCCUUGACGCCAAGUUCAAGUCGCUCCCCGGCCAGGCUCAGGAGGCUCGUCUGUCGUUUGUCAAGCUUCCCCCCAAGGACAGCGAGUACGGCCCCGACGCCCGUCGCCGCUUCGCCCAGUUCACCGACGGCGUCAAGCUCGUCGCCAACGUUGACCAGAAGGAAGGUAACCUCCUCCACCUCCGUCUCAUUGACCCCUCGGACCCCAACGCCGCCACCGACCCCCUGGCGUGCAUCAACGCCGACCUCGUCCGCGACGGUCUUGCGACUGUUGACAAGUCGUGCCGCUACCUGGGCGCGUACCCGCAGGUCGUCAAGAAGAUUGACCAGGCCACCGAGGGCGCCAAGGCUGACCGCCUGGGCAUCUUUGAGUUUGGAGACGUGAGCGAGGACUAG